UUCCAAGAUGGCGAGCUCCGCGGGACGAGAUGAAAACGACAAAUCUGCUUCAAACGCAGAUCUCCUGCUGCACCCUGAGCUCCUGUCGGAGGAGUUCAUGCGGAUCAUAUUACACGAGAAAAAGAUCCCAACCAGAGAGGAAGAACACCGCCAUCAGCUCACACAGCUUUACCUGCAACAUGUCAUGCCGCUGCCGCAGAGGACACUACCGAACAACCGAUGGGGUAAGAGGAUGGAGAAGAGCCGAGGCCAGCGAACAAGCAGCCCCACUAGCGACCAAAACAGGAAGAGACCCCCUAUCGUGUUUGAUGGCAGCUCCUCUCACCACAGCUCACUGAAAGUGAAGAAACCAGAAGGAAGCACGGCGUCAGCUGCAGUGACUGACAGGUUAAAACUGCCUCCUUCCGCAGACCUGUCCAAUCCUAUCCGCCGUCUGUCUGGCACCACAGCCUCCUCUUCCUCUUCCACCAACUCGUCUAUCAGCGGCACUCACACAGCCAACCUCAAACGAGAGGCGGACAACUCGGGUGUACUGAAGCAUCCAGAGGUGAAGAAAAAGAUCCAACAUGUGACGUGGCCUUGACCUUUUAACUUUAACUAAAAUGGAAGGAAUCUCUUGUCUGUCUGUAUGUUUGUAUGUCUGUCCUUCAAUUUUCUCGACACCCGUUCAUCCGAUCGACUUCACGCGUGACGGGUGUAUCGCUGAGGACCCAAGGAAGUGCCGUGUUGCGUGCGAGUGAAGUUAUUUGGAGGAGCAGUUGUCGAGAAAACCAAAGGACAGACAUACAGACAGAGACGUUCUUCUCGUGGUGACCGGACAAACAGCGCCACUCUUCUCUCCCUUCCACAUUGCGGUGGGAUCGGGGGAUUAAACCCGAACAGGCGCUGCACUAAUCCAGUAAAACCUGAGAAUCCAGGUUCGAUAAGAGUGACCACUGCAUUCCUGAGAAGUCACUGAAGAGUUCACUAAACACCCUCAGUUUCCUUCCUUCCUAUCAGGGAAGCUGCAUUACUCUCUGUAUCGCAUAAAGAAGUGGACACCUGCACUGACUGCCCUCCCUCCAUCCUGAAACCUGACCCGGAACUGACAGAGUAAGGUGGUGCUCAGAGGACGUUUCUGGGGUCAUGAAUUCUCCCUGUAAGUCUUCACAUCCUCAAGUGCCCUUACAUCAAGUGAUCAGGAGAAUCCCCAUGAAUCCCACACAUGGAGACAGUGGAACACCAAAGGAAGCUUAUGAUGUUCAUUUUCUGGGAUUUCAUGGCCGGAACUUUGGUGCAGUUACGCCCUGCACAUCUAAUUUCAGUGCGCAUGCUGGACUGGUCAAGGGGUCUGCCGGAAUUUGAUUGGAUUAUCAGAGGGACAAUGUGAAGAGGGUUUAUAAAUUAUGGCAUUGACAUGUUCAAAUCUCUUGUCCGGAUUAAACACAUAUUUGGAAAUGGAUAUAGGGAGGUCUCAUUUGUAUAUCACAAAUUACAGAUUUGCCUCAAGGGGUAUUUGUCUGAGCCUCAGACUUUCCAACAUGAUCAGUGAAUACCCUACAGGAAAAUCAAACUAAACUUUGUUAAAAUAUAGACUAUUUGGGCGUCCGGGUAGCGUAGUGGUCCAUUCUGUUGCCUACCAAUACGGGGAUCGCCAGUUCGAAUCCCCGUGUUACCUCCUGUUUGGUCGGGCGUCCCUACAGAACAGACACAAUUGGCCAUGGUUGUGGAUGGGAAGCCGGAUGUGGGUAUGUGUCCUGAUUGCUGCAAUAGCGCCUCCUCUGGUUGGUUGGGGCUCCUGUUCGGGGGGAGGGGGGAAUAGCGUGAUCCUCCCACGAGCUACGUCCCCCUGGUGAAACGCCUCACUGUCAGGUGAAAAGAAGCCGCUGGAGACUCCACGUGUAUCGGAGGAGGCAUGUGGUAGUCUGCAGCCCUCCCGGAUCGGCAGAGGGGGUGAAGCAGUGACUGAGACAAGCUCGGAAGAGUGGGGUAAUUGGCCAAGUACA